AUGGGGCAGCAGACGAGUGUCCAUGUGCGGCUACAGGAUUUGGUUACUGGGCUUCGCGAGAGUACCCUGAGUGCAGUUCUGGGUGUCCGAAGCUGCGCGGAACUGAAAGUACUUGUCCAGGCAAGUUCUCCCGAAGCUGGUGGUUUGCAACAAACCAUCGAGAUACAAGUUUCGGAAGGUUCUUCUGGCUCUCCGCCGGGCUCUCCGCUGAAUGUAGAUCCAGACCUAUAUCUUGAAUCGGAAGAGGUAGAGGAAAAGAGAGCGACAACCCCGGACAGCUGGAAGAAUUGUAAGGCUGAGCUUACCUGCAGGGAGGGUGGUCCACGGCUUUCCGAUGAUGAUCCCUCCACUGCAUUGCUGACGGCACUUGGAAUCCAGCUGGGACUCCUCCAGCCAAGGAGGCCUCACUGUGACUCCACCAUUCUCGCUUUGGUGGAAGCUCUGAAGAGGAAUUCCACGGUUUCGUCGCUGUAUCUUUGCAUCCCCUGGGCGGGUCCCCAGCAUCUUCAGUCACUGGUGGAGCUGCUACGCGAGAACUCAACUUUGAGGACCCUGGAACUGGAGGUUGUGGAUUCUGUCAAUCUCAGCUUGGAGGAGGUGGAUGCAGUUGUGGAAGCCUGCAAGGUGAACCUUAGCCUUCAACGCUUUUCGGUGGUGCAUGGCAUCCGUUUCGAAGAGGACGAACUCCCGUUGGGAGAGCAGAUAGAUGCAUUCUUGGAAAGGAAUCGUGAAGCAUUCCGUAUGCACCAAGCACUGUCCCAGGUGUCGCACAUGCAACCAGGCUGUGCGUUUGCUUGGUCAAACGUUGCUUUCCGCUGCUACGUGCUUUCCUUCGUGCUGCCACCAGGUCGGGUGUUUCCCCGAAGCAGCUGGUCCAGGCUGGUUUAA